AGCGGGUCACAAUGACAACAAAACAAAACAGUUACUGAGUGUCAACUUCUCACUCUCAGUUUGACUAAAAACCGCUUACGGUUCUAAACUGAAUAAGUUGCCUCUAAGUAGAAUGUCUCCGUAAAUUAGUAUUUAAGAUCUUGUAUGAUAAAAUGCAUUUGACAGACUUUGAGAGUUUUGUGAGCGGUCUAGCUGUAAUAACAACAAUUUUGCAAUUUCUCUCUGGCGUACUCGUAUGCAAACAAUAUGUCGUCAAUGGCACGACGGCAGAGGCUUCAUCGCUACCUUUUGUUUGCGGAAUGCUCUCCUGCUGCCUGUGGUUUUUUUACGGAUUAUUGAAACAUGAUAACAUAAUUGUUUUAGUUAAUAUUAUAGGUGUAACUCUGAUGACCUCAUAUACAGCAGUAUUUUAUAUUUAUACAUUCAAAAAGUCGACCGUUUUAAAACAAGUAUUUUGCACGAUUGCACUAGUUUCACUAGUUUUGUGCUACAUUUUCACAGAAGAUGAUAAUGAAGCACUUUUUGCAACUCUAGGACUGGCGUCAUGUACACUGACCUUGCUAACAAUUGCCGCACCAAUGAGCAAGCUUCUGUAUGUAUUUAGAGUGAAGAGCACUGAAUGUCUUCCUUUCCCUAUGAUACUGAUGUCGAGUUUUGUAUCUACGUUAUGGUUCCUAUAUGGUGUGAUAAAGGACGAUCCUUUUUUAAUGGUGCCAAAUUUAAUUGGUGAUGUGUUGGCAGUCGCUCAGCUGUCGCUGUUUGUUAUAUACCCCAACAAGUCUCAAUCUCCAAGUUCUCUUAAACAUAUUCUAGCUUAAGUCUUCUUAAUAAUCAUUGGUUGGAUUAUACAGGCGGAUGCAUUGAUUUGUCUAGUUUAGUAUGUUUAGUAUUAAAAGAUCUAAUCCAUGAUGACUUAAGUGAUAUAUGAUAUAUUUUUGUUUUAUUGUUAACGAAUUUGUGCCAGUCCUGUAAUAUUAUUUUAAUCUGUAUUGUAC